AUGGCCGUGGGUCCUACAUUCGGGACUGGGGUAUUCAUCGGUGCCGGCCAGGCCCUGGCCAUCGGCGGCCCGGCCUCACUGCUCAUUUCCUACAUAUUCCUAUCGCUGUUAACCUACUUCAUGGCCACGACUGCCGCUGAAGUCGCCACUUAUACACCCUCUCAACACGGUACUUUGGUCACAAAUGUUUUCCGAUACAUGACGCCUAGUAUGGGGGUCGCUGCCGGUUUUCUUCGCUGGUAUACUCUGGCCAUGUUCGUUCCUUACGAGAUUACGACUGCAAUGGUGAAUCUCGGCUUGUGGAAUCCAGGCGCUACGGUUGCCAUCCGGCUGUCUAUCAUCACGGCCAUUGUCCUUGGCUUCAACUACCUCCCCGAACGAUUCUUCAGAAGGUCUGAGCAGCUGUUCACCAAAAUCAAGAUCGGCACAACGAUCUGUCUUCUCGUUCUGUCUCUGUCUAUCGGGAUUGGAGGCGCUACUGGACACGACAAGUGGGGAUUCCAGUACUGGACAAAACCUGGUGCGAUGCACGAAUACUUGGUUAAGGGCGCAAUGGGAAAAUGCUUGGGGUUGCUGCAGUGUCUUCUCACCAGUUCCGUGGCCUUCACCCUCGCCCCCGAAAUGAUCGUUCAUCGUGCCGAAUCUCCUCAAGCACCAAGCGAGUCAGAAGUCACCGAAAACUUGAAUCCGGAUAUUCAAUCUGGGCUGCCACAACAGGUCGCCGUUGACGUCGCCACUACCGUCUUUCCGUAUAUCCUGAGUUCGCUGGCCAUGGGCGUGAUGGCCCCAUACGACGAUCCUCUGCUAACGAACAACGGAGCUGGAGCUGGCUUAUCUCCAUUCGUAAUUGGGCUCAACACGGCGAAAGUUCAUAUUGUCCCAGUCAUGGCAACCAUAUCAAUCCUUCUAUCCUCGGUCGCCUCUGGUCGAUCGUUUCUUUUCCUGGCUUCACAUACACUGGUUGCCAUGUCGGAACUUGGCCAUGGGCCCAAAAUUUUCCAAGCUCGCAAUAAAUAUGGCGUGCGUUUUGUGGCCGUCACGGCUUCCGCUCUGCCUGCCCUUCUCGCAUUUAUAUCCGUUGCGAUUUCCAGCUCGACCGUGGCGAACUACUUUGUUCUCUUCAUCACCAGCUCCGGCUUCGCAUCCUGGCUCAUUUCGGGCGCCGUCUAUGUCUACUACCGAAGGCACAUCAGAUUGCGCGGAAUUACCAGCGUAUAUCGAUUUGGCAUCCAACCGUUCGGCACAUACUUUGGACUUGCUGCCAGUGCUGCCCUCAUCAUGGCCAAUGGGAUGACCGGCGCACUCCCAGAUCCUCGGCCUGGAACAAAAGGUGGCAGGCUCGUCGCUGCUUAUAUCACUUUCCCCAUGUUCGCUUUUGUAUAUCUCUCCCAUCGCUUUCAGGAUCUGAUUCCUUACCGCACUCACGAGAGGGAAGAGUAUCUGCGCGAAAGUGACCCCGAUCAUCUCACGGCACGCUAUCCCAGCCGUCAGGACCAGGAGAACAGGCGGGGUUCAUCAAAUAAUGCAUCAGCACUCGAGAUGGAUCAAGUCUGGUCAUUGGCCGUGGAAGCGUGA